UUUAUAUGUCACUUAGUAUACAUAGGAAAAAAUCCUUCCUUUUUUCUUCAACCGUUUGUGCAACUGGACAUAAUAACCAUCAUACAGUUUGGAGUGUAAUGACCACGAAUAACGAUCCCCCUAAUGGGGGAUCAACUGAUAGGGACAUCUCCCCCAUAGGAGGAGGCAGCAACAAUGGAGUAGACAACCGUCAAGGAGUUAUCCUGAAUACAAGCAUCGCAACCGACACUAUGCCAGUUUCCCAAAAUUCUGCUUUACUUCCUAAAAACGACAACACAACUUCCAAUAAACGGACGUACGACAAUCUGACAGCUACAAAUCUUACCUCUACUGACGACGACAGUAUCAGCGAAACCGAAUUCCUUCCAUUAAGACAGAAAAAGAAACGAAACUUAACUGACCAAUUCACCCCACUACCAUAUAAGGUAACUACCAAGCCAACAACUCUCCUGUACCUUCUUCCACAAUUCAACCAACCCCACAAGCUAACUUUGCAACUGCUUUGCCUUCAUCACCCCGUACUGCUGCCAGUGAGACAUCAGGGCAGCCGCGCCAAGCGCGAGUUACACCGAUUGUCCUGCGGGACGCUGCGAGGUGGCGGCUACUAA